AUGAGCGCUGCUUCCACACCACCAAUUAACUUAUUCCGUAGAAAGAAGGAAUAUAAACGUGGGAUCACAUAUACAAUGUUACUAUGUGGGCCAGCAGGUACAGGAAAGACUACAUUUGCUAACAAUUUGUUGGAGACUAAGAUCUUCCCGCAUAAAUAUCAAUACGGUGAAUCAAAUGCUUCUAUUAGCUCCAAUCCAGAAGUGAAAGUUGUUGCUCCUACUAAAGUUGUUUCAUUUAAUUCGAAGAACGGGAUUCCAUCCUAUGUGUCUGAAUUUGACCCAAUGAGAGCCAACUUGGAACCAGGUAUCACCAUCACCUCCACUUCAUUAGAACUUGGGGGCAACAAAGAUCAAGGAAAACCGGAAACGAACGAAGAUGAUACCGUUUUCUUCAACUUAAUUAUGACACAUGGUAUAGGUGAGAACUUAGACGAUUCAUUGUCUUCUGAGGAAGUCAUGUCGUAUUUAGAACAACAAUUUGACAUUGUUUUAGCUGAAGAAACCAGAAUUAAAAGAAAUCCGAGGUUUGAGGACACCAGGGUUCAUGUCGCAUUAUAUUUCAUUGAACCCACGGGACACGGUCUAAGAGAAGUUGAUGUAGAGCUCAUGAAAAGCAUCUCCAAAUACACGAAUGUGCUGCCAAUCAUAACAAGAGCUGACUCAUUUACGAAGGAAGAAUUAACCCAAUUUAGGAAAAAUAUUAUGUUUGAUGUGGAAAGAUACAACGUCCCAAUUUACAAAUUUGAGGUUGACCCUGAGGAUGAUGAUUUAGAAUCCAUGGAAGAGAACCAAGCCCUGGCAUCCUUGCAACCGUUUGCUAUCAUAACCUCAGACACCAGGAACAGCGAGGGUAAAUAUGUUAGGGAGUAUCCGUGGGGGGUAAUAUCGAUCGACGAUGACAAAAUCUCGGACUUGAAGGUUCUAAAAAACGUCUUGUUUGGCUCUCACUUACAAGAAUUUAAAGACACUACACAAAAUUUACUUUACGAGAACUAUCGUUCCGAAAAACUGUCAUCCGUGGCCAACACUGAAGAAAUUGGCCCCAGUUCUACAAAGAGACAGUCAAAUGCUCCAAGCUUAAGCAAUUUUGCGUCUUUGAUAAGCACCGGUCAAUUCAAUUCUUCUCAAACUCUUGCAAAUAAUUUAAAAGCAGAUACACCAAGAAAUCAAGUAAGUGGAAACUUUAAGGAAAACGAAUAUGAAGACAACCGUGAACAUGAUCCUACAGAAAAUGAACAAGAAAUGUCUCCUGUGAGACAAUUGGGCAGAGAGAUAAAACAAGAAAAUGAAAAUUUAAUAAGAUCGAUCAAAACAGAAUCGUCACCAAAGUUUUUGAACUCUCCAGACCUACCAGAACGUACUAAAUUAAGAAAUAUUUCAGAAACCGUACCAUAUGUCUUAAGACAUGAAAGAAUUCUAGCAAGACAACAAAAACUGGAAGAAUUGGAAGCUCAGUCAGCCAAGGAAUUACAAAAAAGAAUCCAAGAAUUGGAGAGGAAAGCGCAUGAGUUGAAAUUGAGAGAAAAACUAAUAAAUCAGAAUAAACUAAAUGGUUCAUCAUCCUCAAUCAAUUCUCUACAACAGAGCACAAGAAGCCAAAUUAAGAAAAAUGGCACGUAUACUGAUUUAGCCUCUAUUGCGUCUGGUAGAGAUUGA